AUGUCUCCUCGACAACGUCGCCCCGCAGAGGGCUCCCAAAGCCAGACAGAAUCCAGCAGUAAACCUGCAGCUGUUGCGGCUGCAGUGCCUCAAGUCAUGAAGAGACUUCUUCAUUGGGAUGAUCUGCCACAUUGGCAGCGUGACAAUCACCACAUUCAUACGGGAUAUCGACCAGCUUCAUUCUCCUUUCUGGGUUCCUUCCAUUCUCUGACCUACGUUCACAAUGAGACGGUCAACAUCUAUUCACAUCUUCUACCAUCGCUGCUUGCCAUACCUGCAUCGUAUCUUCUUCACCAAGCUCUUGCUCCGCGUUACGAGACGGCCACUCAAUCCGAUGUUAUCGCCUUUGGUUGCUUUUUUGCGGGAGCGGCCUUUUGCCUCGGGAUGUCAGCAACUUAUCAUACCAUUUCGAACCAUUCUCCUGUCGUCGCUCGCAUAGGCAAUGCCUUUGACUACGUGGGAAUUGUGGGGUUGAUUGUGGGCAGUUUCGUUCCCAGCAUCUUCUAUGGCUUCUACUGUGCGCCAAACUUGCAACACCUGUACUGGACUAUGAUUUGUUCCAUUGGUGCUGGCUGCGCCCUUGUCUCAGUACUGCCUCAGUUUCGCACCCCUCGGUGGCGGCCUUUCCGCGCAGCCAUGUUUGUCGGCAUGGGGCUAUCAGCGGUUUUCCCCGUUCUUCACGGAUUGCAGAUGUACGGCAUCGAACAGAUGACUAGCCAAAUCGGACUCGGUUGGCUUUUACUCCAGGGAUUCUUGUAUAUCCUAGGGGCUGGAAUCUAUGCGGCCCGGGUCCCUGAACGCCUGCGACCGGGAAGUUUUGAUAUCCUGGGAAGUUCUCACCAAAUCUUCCACGUGUUGGUUGUCUGCGCCGCGGUGGCUCAUCUGACUGGGCUAUUAAAAGCAUUCGAUUACAGACACAGUGGUAUUGCAGAGAGCUGCAUCUCAGGCUGA